UCUUACACGGUUACACUAUCUGUUGCAGACUAGCCGACUCGCUCUCGGAUACACACUUACUUUCCGACCGUUACUGAGUUACCGUCAGAAAUGUACGUCUUUACCCUUAGCUUAUUUGUGAUUUUAGUUAUCCAACAAACCAGCGGAUUUAAGGAGCCAGAGUGCUCUCGCUAUCAUUAUGAAGAACAGAUUCUUGAAAGAGUUGUCCGUAUGGGAAUGGAGUUUGAAUACCAAAAGAAAGAUGUAACAAAUAUCUUAGAAACAGUUGCUGCAAAGCUGGACGCUUUCUCAAAAGAACUGCAGGUGCUGAAAAGAGAGAAUGAAGAACUCAAAAGCAGUCUCAGAGACGAAGUUCAAAUAUCGAUUUCGGACUUGGAGAAAGUUAAAGAGAAAUCGUUUCUUCCCUUUAUUUUCUUCAAUUCUAAGAAUGUCGCUGACACCACAAUUAAGGCAGGACACACGAUCGUUUUUACUGAGACCCUGGUAAACGAUGGAAACGCGUACGAUAAUACAACGGGUAUCUUCACAGCUCCAGAAGACGGAAUAUACCUUGUAUCAUUGCAUAUGUGCGUCAAAAAUAAGCAAAAUCUUUACUAUGGACUCGUAAUCGAUGGCAAGGAAAGUCUCCGUGGAGAAAUGUAUGAAUAUCGUGCGGUCACUUGCAAUUCCGUGCAACAACUGCUGACCAUCAAAGCCGGGAAUAGAGUUUGGAUUCAGGUUUAUGUCAAAGAUGUAGUAUUGCUUCAGAGUGCCAAUCACUGGAAUAUGUUUUCUGCCUUCCUCCUGAAUAAGGGAUAGUGAAUGGUAUUGUGUAGACAAGUACUGAUACAUAUGUUUAUAUAAUCAAGUGUUGAUAACCAAUCACUUCUUUCUAUUGAUUUUGAUUACAUAGCCUUGCUUCUUACCACUCGUCGAAAUGCGAUUGGACAUCGAGGAAUUGGACGCAAUUCCAUAGUUGAAGGGCUGUCGGAUAAAAGAAGUUUGUCUUAUUUAAAAAAAAAAAUCACUGUUAACAUUAUGACAAAAGUUUUACUAUGUUCAGUUUAAACCCUGGAGUGCCUUAAAAGCUUCAUCAACAUAUAUCAAGUUAGUGUGUAUCGACAUUGUCCAUCAACAUUACCGUGUGAAAUAAUCGUCAUGUGAUGAAUAUAGUGAACAAGAACCAUAAAUAUAUCAAUAGAAUUAGAAAAGAAUAGAAUUUUUACAAAUCAUAACCAUUGUAAGAGAUUUUUAAUAUAUUUGUAUGUAUAUAUAUAUAUAUAUAUAUAUAUAAUUAUAUAUACACUAUUUUUGCUUUUUGUACGUUGGAAAAGGUGUUUGCAAAAUAUAGAGAACUGCUUAUCAUUCAGUGUUUCGAAUAGCUGGUGCUUUGAUAAAAUAAUGUCUUAAUUUCAAAUGUCAUCAAAGUUGGCUAAAAUGUGGUUAGCCAGAAAACGCUUUGAAUAUAUAUAUUUUUAACGGUCAUGCAAUAUUUGAAUAGUUAACGGAAAACAGUCGGAAUCUAACGAACGCUAUCGGUAAACAUCGUCGUCACACGAUCGGUACUGAUUGGACUGUCAUCUGCACAAAUAGUUUCGGAAAUAUGAAUCUUGUUAUUUAGCGAAACCGAGGUAAACAGUUUGCAAAGACUUUAUUGCGUUUCUCAUUGUUUAUUUAAUCGAUAGCAUGCGGAAUAAAACUACUUGGAUAAACAGGUUUAAAACAAAUACAUUAUUCGAUCUUAUUUAUGAUUGCUUUUAUUCUGAAUAUGAUUGUACCUCCAUUUAUUUACAAUUCAACUUCCAUUCCUUAAAUGAACUGCCUUUCGGCAAUUGCGAUGAUCAUCCGAUGAACGCAACACCUUCGGAUAUGUUCCGAUCGCGAAUCAUCGCAUAACAAUAUACAUAAAUCAAUGUUUAUCUUGUUAUUGUUUGUAUUGUGUCAGCAGGCCACGAAACAGUUAAAUAAACAUUUUACAAAUUGUAAAUUUAUGAAAUGUUGAAUGUAUUGUAGUCAUAAAUGUUUCAAUUGUACGUUUAAAAGUGAUUUCAAGUGGUUGAUCUCUUCCCGCGCUAGUGUGACGUCAUUUGAUAAACUGUUUCUGGUUACGUUCGGGUCGUUCUAUGGGUGAGAAAGAAGAACUGAAAUGUUGUCUUAAAUGAAAUUAAGUAAUUUUAACAUUUUUUGAAUGAAAUAACGAACUAUUGGUGUGAAUAUAAGUAAUGUAUUGCGGGAUUGAUGUCAUUAUCGGGGAUAUGAAUGCAAUUGCGCUUGUCAAAGUACGCGAGGAGUCCUUUCCUUUAAUAACUACAUUUGCGUUGAUCUGUAUGAAAUUGUGCAUAUAUAUUUACUCAAUCAAAUAAACAGAAUCUAGUCCUCAGA